AUAUGUUUAUUACAUGUCUAAUAUAUUUAUGUCUAAUAUGAUUUUAUAAUAUAUGUUUAUUGUAUGUCUAAUAUUUUUUAUUUAAUUAUUUUGUUAGAUGGAUGCACUGAUGAAGGAGGUAUAUGGCCCUCGCAAUACUUCAUUGCUACGUCUACAAGGUCGACAUAGAUCAAGUGAUUUGGGUGAGGCAAAUAUCGACGAUGUUGUGCGUGCUAGACGCGCUGAUCAUGGUGUUUGGACCUUAUUCCCGGCGGGUGUGCUCCUCAUCCUCGAGUGAUGCAAUUGAUAUAUACAAUGGGAUUUUAUGGCGUAUAUCGGUGUAGACGCAUGAAGGUUGAUUUUCAUCUCAUAACUGCUUUGAUCGAGAGAUGGCGAGAGGAGACACACACCUUUCAUUUUCGCGUCGGUGAGGCGACAAUUACUCUGCAAGAUAUUGUUUUAUUGUGGGGCCUACCUAUAGAUGGGAUUCCAGUCAUCGGUACUGAUUAUACGUAUUGUACAACUGCUUGGAUCGACUAUUGUGAGGCCUUAUUAGGUUUUCGUCCAGAACCUAAUUAUCUUAGGGGAGGGAAAUUAAAGGUUUUGGCCCUUACAAACUACUUGGUUGACAAUUCUGUCAACGAUCAAAGUUCAGAUGUACGUGUUGCUCAAUUUACUCGAGCAUUGGCAUUCAUGCUAUUUGGUGGGAUUAUGAUUCCAGAUAGCACCGGAAAUGCUAUACCUUUGAUGUAUUUGAAGCAUUUUGAGGACAUCGAUGCAGUUCGUUCAUAUAGUUGGGGUAGUGCCGCAUUGGCGGUAUUGUAUCACGAGCUAUGCAAGGCGACACUUCGAGGAGAGCGUAGGGAUGUUGUUGGAGGUCCGAUGCAGCUACUACAGUUGUGGGCAUGGACGAGAAUUCGCCAUAUAGCACCAAUACCAAAACCGCUUAGAGAUUACGAUCCAAUUACGGUGCUUCAACUAAAUGCGGAUGAUGUAUUUCGAGUACCUCCAUAUGGUGCACGGUAAUACUCUAACUAUAACUGAUUCCAUAUAAUUUCAAAUCUUUCAAUUAACUCUACACUUAAUAUAUGCAUUGUUUUAAUAUACGUAUUUUGCAUAACACAUUGCAGUUGGUUGCAUCUUUUGAGUUAUGUUCACACCGCUAGUCAUUCAGUUCGCAUAUAUAGAACAAUGCUUGAUCAAAUGUUGCCAAACCAGUUCAUUUGGAUGCCAUAUAACACCAAUGAUGUUGAGUACCAAGAAUUGGCUUCAGAUUCGACGAUUGUUUCACCAUUACUUUGGAUGUCUAGUUGUCCACUUAUUUGUUAUUCACGAGUGGAGAUGCAUCGUCCGGAGAGAGUAUUACGACAGUUCGGGAUGGUCCAGCCAAUUCCGUCACAUCCUACAGAUGUUGUUAUUUCCAACAAAUUAUAUGAUUUGACUCGUCAAGGUCGAUCGGGUCGGGAUUGGAGCGAGUAUUUGAGUACAUAUGUUGCUAAAUGGCAACAAAGAUUUCAGACUGUCGUCCGAUUUCAACCAAUCAAUGGACAAGAUACAAAGGGUUGUUAUGAGGCAUGGUAUGAUGAGCACACUCGUCGUUUUAUAUCACCGAUUGACGAUUUGACGAGCAUUGGUUUUCAAACUGGAGAUCGGACAAUUAUGAAUUUGGUGGUACGUAAUUUUAUGUCACUAAUGCAAUUACAUACAACUACUCGAUUUCUAUAACUUAUUUUAUAAUUUUUUUCAGGCUACUCGACUAGCCUCAAUGAACACCAAUAUGCCAGAAAUGCAGCAUGUGAUCAAUAUGCUCAACAGGACCGGGAUGCCUUCUAUGGGUGCCUCAGAUGGAGGAAGAAUGAGAACUCACGACCGCACUCAAAGGUCUACAAGAGAAAUGAAUGAUUUCACCUCCCGAGAUGAAGAUGUGACCGGUCCUUCCACGUACCGAGAUUAUGCCGGUCCUUCCUCAUAUCGAGAUGAGGCCGGCCCAUCCACACUUCGAAAUGAGCCCGGUACUUAUCCCGGUUCUCCUGGUGAUGUUUAUAUUCCGA